GCCAUGAUCUGUGUGCCAACUGCCAGGCCAGCUGAUUCUCCUAUAUAUUUACCUAUCCUAAAGUUAUAAUUUAAUAAUAUCCCAUCCCAGGACCCGGGCUUUAAUGAUCAAGUGUUAGAAUAAUUUGAACCGAAGAUCCCAUCUUGAAUGCGGAUCUCACCCGAGGAAUUUGUGUUUGCUAUAAGCAUAUUGGUUAGAUGCCGAAGAAAAAAGGUAAAAAAAAGGGAACUAACUCAGAUUUUACCAUAAAUGAUUGUGCAAAUGCUCCCAAACCUGUGAGCAGAGUGAAGAAAUCUGUAACUACUGAACCAAUACCUGAGAAAUCAUGGGACGAACUUCAAGAUGAUGAUUUUGACAUUAUUGAGGAAACAAAUGCUGAUGGAACAAAAUCUUUUGUUUAUAAGAAAAAGAGAAAUCAUUUCAAAAGUGAGACAGAUUUCCAGGAAUGUCCAGGAAUAGUCUACCCUGAGAUUGUAUGGUAUUUACUAUCUUCUUACAUCAAACCAGAAGAUAUUGGUAACUUUGCUGGUAUAAACCAAGCCACUUAUUCUAUAACUAAGAGGGAAUCUUUUUGGCGAGCAUUAUAUAAGAGGUAUUGUCAGAAUAAUCCUAAGCUACCUGAGAAAUUAAGGAUAGAGAAUAACUAUAAGUUGUAUGGUUUACGACAGAGGGUUAUAAGAGCUCUGUACCACACUUAUGAUGUGUUUAUUCAGAAGGUCCAAAGACAGGCGUCGCACGACAGCCAUCCGCAUGAGUUAGUCAGACGUAGAUGCGUUAACGUAUGGUAUUGCAAGGGCUCUACGUACUGGUCAGUUUACUUCAAACUCAAGAAGCUGAAGCCGGAGCGGGGGAAACGUGUCGACUUCAUUGAGGAGCUGGGCAGGAUUGAUGCCAAUCCGGAGGAGGAUUCUCAGGUGUUGCAGGUGACCUGCCAAAGUUUCUACGAAGUACCCCCAUUGAUGGGCAUGACCCUAUCAUCCGUGAGUGUGGUGCUCUCCCAGGGAUUCCGACACCACAGGCUGCAUCUAGGCUUCAACACCGGCCACUACAACAUAUGCCGGAACAUCAUUCCAGAACAUUCCGUGGUCAUUGACACUGUUGUCAACAUACUGGUCUAUGACUGGUGGCAUCCUAAGUACCCGCAUUUUGAAAAUAAACUGCCAUCUAGUAUGCGGGACGAGGAGUCGUUGCCAGUGCUCAAAAAGGAUUUCUUUACGUUGUGUAAUUGAAAUGGAUAUUUAAGGGUUGAUAAUUGUGAUACAAAUAUAGUAUAUUUUGGUAU